AUGAAGCACAAAUUUGGGUGGGUGUUUAACAAGCCUGUUGAUCCUGUUGCACUUGGGUUGCAUGACUAUUUUGCCAUUAUUAAGCACCCGAUGGAUCUUGGCACUAUAAAGGGGCAGCUUACUCGUGGGCAUUACAGGGACCCAAAGGAGUUUGCUAAUGAUGUACGGCUAACAUUCCAUAAUGCCAUGACGUAUAAUCCCAAAGGGCAGGAUGUGCAUUUCAUGGCUGAGCAAUUGUUAGGAAUUUUUGAAGCUCAGUGGCCUGAGAUUGAGGCUGAGGUUGACUACCUUGCGUCAUGCCCACCUUUGCCGAAGAAGUUUCCACCUCCCCCGAUAGACUUGCGCUUACUAGAGAGGUCAGAUUCCUUAAAGCACCAUAUGGUGCUGGACUCCAAGUCAAGGCCGAUAAGUCAUACUCCUAUUAGUGUCCGCACUCCAUCAUUGAAGAAGCCGAAGGCAAAGGAUCUGGAUAAAAGAGAUAUGACGAUAGAUGAGAAGCGUAAACUUAGCAAUAACCUUCAGAACUUGCCUCCUGAAAAGCUUGAUAUUGUUGUGCAGAUCAUUAAGAACAAGAAUCUUUCAGUUAGGCAGCAUGAAGAUGAGAUUGAGGUUGAGAUAGAUAGCAUGGAUGCGGAGACACUUUGGGAACUUGAUAGAUUUGUUGCUAACUUCAAGAAGAACCUGAGCAAGCAAAAGAGGAAGGCUGAGCGUGCAAUGCUUGCAAGGCAAGAUGUAGAGUUGCGUGCUCUGCAUGCUGCACAACAAACAAGUCAACAACCUAAUAUUGGUGAAAAAUCUCCAAAGCUAAGUAAGUCCUAUUUGAUGGUGGGCGAGCAAUUAGCACCUUCUGUGCCAGACCAAAAUAAUAAUAAUGGACCGAGUGCCAGUAGAUCUAGCAGCUCAAGCAGCACCAGCAGUGAUUCAGAUUCCUCUUCUAGUGACUCGGACAGUGACAGCUCUUCUACAGAUGGAUCAAAUGCUGCCAAUUCAUCUUGA